GUGCUGUGCACUUGGCACUGGCACAAGUCUGGAAUGAAGUGAUCCAAAUGUCUUGCAGAAGGGCUGAUUUUCACAUGGUAAAGUGUUUAUCUCACAGCAGUCCAGCCCAGCGCUUCUUCAGUGACAUCCAGUAGCCAGCGGAGGCCAGUACUGCUCCAAGCCCCGUACCUAUAAAAUACUCCCUGCUCCCCCAGCUUUCCAGUGGGUAUCCAGCAUUUCCCAUUACACAUUCAGGUUGGAUCACCACCCCAUCCCCCAGGCAGUGGGCCAAAUUUGGCCUGUGUUCAAAAGCUCCCGUGGCAUUUUGAGGAGGAAGCAGGGCUUUCUCUGUAAUGCUUUUUCUGCAGGGAAAAGCUGCUGCAAGCGAGCCUGUGUGCCCAGUGGAGAAGGCUGGACACUCAGUGGAGAGACAAACUCCAUGUCUGCCUUUGCAGGGGGAAGGCAGAACAAGUCAGGCAUCUGGGAUGGAUCCUUCCUGCACAGUGGGUCACCCAGCAUGCAUUUUCCACGUGAAUAGAGAUGCAAUGGAGGUAGAGUCCAGCACCUACACCGACUUCAUCUCCUGCGACCGGGCUGGCCGGAGGAACGCCGUCCAUGACAUCCAGCGAGAGGCAACCACCAUCAGCAUGCGCAAGCUGACCGAGGACAUGGGUGACCUCGCUGUUGAAGGAGCAGAAAGCCAAAGAGAUGCCAGUUCUUCUGACAGUGACCCUGGAGCAAGACCAAAGGGGCAAGAAAGCAGCCCCUCCCCAUGAGAGCAAAAAGGGUGUGGGAUGGGCAGGAGGAGGGCCUUGCUGAGAACAUUAAACAAGAAUUUGUUGCAUCUGUGGACAAAAGCCAACCUGGAACAGCAAGUUGUCUGUCACAUGCCUCUGCUGGAACCGUGCUUGUGUAGAGAGACACAAGACACUUGCAAGGACUUGCACCUCCUAAAGACUUCUGCCCCCAUCCCUAAUGGUCUAGGGCAACACUGCCAUGGUUGUAGUGAUAUGAGCCAUUCUUGAGAUGCCUUAGCUGCAAUUUUCUCUUAGGGGAAAAACAGUUUCAGUAAUAAUAGACACACCAGAUUUUUCUGUCCAAGGUACCUUCCUCCUUUGCAGAUUUAGACUAUUAUUUAUUCUGUUUCUAUAGGUUAGAAAUUUAGGUUGUUGGUUUUUCUAAGCCUCACCCUCAUCUGCAUCUUACACCUGGCCUCUGGAUUGUCCACAUGGCCCCUCGUCAGGGUGGGCAGUGGGGAAAGGACCCAGCCUGUCCUGCUGCCCUCAUGUCAGCAUCACUCACCUGUGCUGCUGCUGCUGCUUAGCAUCAGGAAAGGACCAAAGCACAGCUCUGUGGGGAGGAGCCCCACCUGGAGACGCAGCAGCACCAGCCACAGGCAUCUUUUUCUUCAGGUUUUAACACUUCAAGAUGUUAUUAAGGGGAGAGGAGAAAACAUUUUGGUGGUUUGACUGUUGACAUUCAGGCUUAACUUUGCAAGCUGUUAGCUGAGAUGAUCUCUGGUAGGAUCUCACACCCUUCUGUCUUUAAGGAGACAUUUUUGUGUUAAAGAUGGUUUGAUAAAACUACAUAAGCUGUUGGAAUAAAUGACACAGCCUUCAAGUACUGAAGGUGUUUUUUUCUGC